AUGGUGUCUGACGCCUGGCCUGAGGGUGAUGUCUACGAGUCUGACUUGGCGGAGGAGUAUGCUGAGUCAGUCGACUCCCAUUCGGAUGCUGGCGAGGAUCGUGACUCGCUCCCUGACGACGACGAUGUGCAGGCAGGCAUGGAUAUGGAAGAGCGCGUCGCGAUGCUGCGUGCGCCUGUUCUAUCGAUCUGCUCAGCCUUGGGUGGGUACGAGCAUAUGGAGACAGCGACAGGGACAGAGCUUGUGUACCGCCUAGGAGACGACUGUUUAGAGUGCCUUCGUGAUUUGCGCCGCUUAUGGCGCCAAGACGAUACCGAUGCGAGUCGUGCCAUGGCGCGGGUGUUUUCCGAGUUGGGCACCUUUUCCAACGACCUCAUCCCGAUUUUACUGCACUCCGCCGGGCAAGGGGAGAAGGCGGACAAAAUUGCCUUGGCAUGCACCGACCUUAUGACAGCGAUGACGUGGCCCAUUGACUGGUACGCGGAACUCAAUGAUAUUGUGGCGCGUGAAGAGGACGAGCAUGUGCUGGCCAAGCUGGUCGAAGUCAAGUCGGCGCAGGUGCAGUACAAAUCUGCGAUCUUGCAGGAACGAGCGAAGGAGCCACGGUACGCCGAGCGCACUGUGCUGCAAUGUGUGCUGCAGCACCUCUUUCUUCCCUCUCUCUCCAAGUCACGAAGUGAACGUACAGAGCGUGAUACAGGCAUUCUUAGUAUGUGCCUGCACUUUUUCCGCAACGUGCUGGCGAUUCGCGAUCCGGCUCUGACGACGAUCGCCAGUACCUCGGCGAUAGCGCAUGCGUCUAUGCAGAGUCGGCUUGUGCAGCAGAUGAGCGAGACGCAUAUCCUUGAUACACUCCUUAUGCUAGCGAGCCAGGCGGAUACCAAAGAGUACGAACAAUGGGCCCCGAUCGUCGCCGACUGCCUAUACCAGCUGUACGUGGGCUCGGACAUGGCUGCGUUGGCAGCCCCACCCACGACGUCGGCGGCCUCGACCUCGGGCGGCGCCACGCUCGCAGCGUCGCUUUCGGCGGAGGCGGCCAUGCAGCGCCAGGCGCAACGGUAUCGGAGUGCGCGUCACUCGCGCUUCGGCACGACGAUCCAGUUCAAGGCCAGUGAUGGCACGUUGCGUGUGGCUCGCAUGCCCGAGUCGCUCACGACGCCUGUGGAGCAGUUGGAGGAGCGCAUUGCGGAGAAAACACGUCGCCGGAUCUCGCGACGACGGCCUGCGACGGAACGCGGCGCGCCGCGGCGCGCCAAUGCAUGGACUUCGGCGGCGCACACGAUCCUUCAGACGUGGGCUGAUCGGUUCGUAAAGGACGGCCUCUUUGAUGUGCUGCUGCCUACGUACUUCCGCGAUAUCCAUGCGGAGCGCGAGCGAGUGGGCGACCUCGACACGGCGCGAUGCAAAGCGAUUCAGCUGACCACCUUCUUCCUGGAGUAUGCCCUCGCACGUUCGUUCCCCCUCGUCUGCCUGGGCUUGUGGACCGAGCCAUGGAUCUUCCGCCUUGCGCGUGCGCGUGCGGCGAUGGCCUUGGAGGCGCGGCAGUGGCUCGAGUUUGUCGCGAGUGUGCGUUUGUGGACGACGCUCUGCCGGUUGCUGGACGCGCUAUCGCAUGGCACGGCACAGGAACGCGACGUGGCCGACUCGCUGCAGCACACACUGUACUACGAUGGCGACUAUCUGGAGACGGCGCUGCAUGUGAUGCAUGCGUACUCGGCCCAAAGUUUCAUGUGCUUGGAAAGCGUCGUGGAUUUCAGCUACACGUUCACACGCCGCCUCGAGCGGUAUGCGUCGCAGAGCGACUAUGUGUUGGUCCAAAAACGGCACGGAUCGUCGGCCAAGGCCGAGCGAGACUUCCAAUUUGCCUCGUUCCAACGUGCGAUGGCCACCUCCGCGCUGGCGCAUGCGUGUACGCAGUACCUUGCUCGCUGGCAGGACUCGCUGCAUGCGCCGACGAUGCUGCCGAAGCUCGCGUCGGUGGUGCAUCGCUUGGCGAUCAAAGCGGCUCGGCCUGCACUGUUUUACACGGCCAAGCUGCGGCAUACGUGGGCGCAUGCCCUGCGCGAUACCAGCCAGAUGAGCGCGAUCCAUCCGACCGCGGCACGCGACCUGAGCAAGCUUCAUCGGCUCUUCCAGCGUGGCUUCCGUCGUUUGGACGAGGCAGCCCGCCAUGCCUACGAUGAAAAUCGUCGCCCACGUGCUUCGACGGCCCCUGCCGAGCUGUAUGUCCAGUCCGACUUGACGCACGAGCAGCAAAUUGGCGUGGUCGUAGGCUUGCUGGCGGACGCACACCAGCUGAGCCUCGUCACAUGGCUCAAAACCGCCCUGGAUACAGCGAGCGAUGCACGUUUGGCGUUGGGCGAGAUGGAUCCGUUUGCGCCGCCGCCGUCUCUUGCCGCCCAGUUUGUGCCGCAUCCGCUGCCCCCGCCGACCGCAGCGAGCUCCAUGCCAGCCCAUUGUGCGCCGCUGGUCCGUCUCCUGGCUCGGUUGGUCGGCAUUCAGCCGUCUCUCCAGAUGGACGAGGCAGCCCCUUGGACCAUCCCAUCGGACGCUACGCCUGGCGACUUGGCACGCGAUGCAUGCCUGCUGGAGCAAUUCCUCCUGGAGCCAUUGGCAUGGCACGACGAACGUCCUCUCGCGUCGCUGGUUCACAAAAUGCGGCCGUCGUCCAAGCGGUCCACCGCGGCCGACGUCGCCCCUGUGGCAGGACAAGAGCGCGAGACACCUCUGGAGGAGGCUGUACCGGGCCUGACAAGCGGCUCGUCGCCGCCCAGCAGCUCGCCUACACGUCCUAUGACGUUCUCGCGUCCUCCGUCUCCGCCGAAAGACGCCUCUGCUGGCCUGGCGGACGCGUACGAACAGUCCAUUACACCUCCCUUGUUCCUAUAG